AUGAAUAGUAUUGGUAAAUUGGCAGCAACAAAAGAUCUAACUGAAGCUGUCUUUCGCGCUGCUCUAACCAGUUCACAAGGCAAACAGAAAAAAGACGACCAAAUUGAAAGUCUUCUACAAAUGGCUGUCGAUUGGAAUGAUUUGGAUGGUGCACAUCAGCUGUUGGAAACUGACGUGGUUUGCUGCAGCAAUAACGAACAAAGAACACACGUGAUCUCAAGUUGUGUCAAAAUAAAACACAAGUCUGAAACAAAUCCAUUCGAUAAAGAAGAAAUGCUUCGCGAUCUAUUCUUAUGGAGUGUUUAUAAAGGACGUAUCGGUACUGCUUUUGUUCUUUUACUUCAUAUUCGGGAACGCACUGGUGCCGCACUUCUGGCUGUUGCAUUAGCCAAACGGAUAUCAUCCUUAGCAAAAGAAGUCAACAAACGCAAUGAGUUUAUGGAUCAUGCUAAAAAAUAUGCGGAAUAUGCUACCGAAUGCAUCAAUGCUUGUCAGGAACAAAAUGAAGAACGUGCAUCUCGUAUCCUUCUAUCUAAGAAAAAGAUUUAUGGAGAUGCAACAUACAUGCAAAUAGCAAUUGGAUCAUAUAUCGAAGAAUUUAUUAUCACUAAGUGCGUAGACAAAGCUCUAGAUGAACAUUGUAUUAUUUUACUGGGUUUGACUGCACCUAUCUUCUUCCGCACUGACUCAUCGAAUACAUCGAAUAAACAACAACAAUCAGUAGAAGCAACUAAUGAUGACAUCGAGUACAAGGAAACGUCAAAGUAGGUUUAUGAUACAAUUGUUAGAAGAACAUUAAAAAAUAGACAGUUUUAGAUUGACAUACAUGAAUUGAAUUUUGAGCUGAGAAAAAUAAGAGAACCAUUUCUCUACCUAGAAAAAGAAGAACGAAAUUUUAUCUAAAUUGGUGUCCAUUAGGACGUAUUUUUUACUUUAAUGUUUCUAAGUUUUUGAGAUAUAUGAAAGAGGAAUCAAUCAAAAUAUGUAGAAGUCACAGCGUAAGUAAACUCGAUUGAAUACAACCUUAAUUGAAACCUUCAUUGAUGUGGAUGGCUAUUUAGUAAAUGAAUAAAUUCUUUUUCUCUUUUAUUUGUUUUCGGCGACGCAACUUUUCAAAAAGAAAAUAGAACAGGUAACUCAAUUUCAUUCAAGCAAAUCGAUCUUGUUAUGGAGUAUGAACGAAUGAAAACAAAAAUCUUACUUUUAACAUUCGACCUGUAUCUUUUCUAAGAUUGAGUGCUUAUAUCUCAUAGCCAUAGAUAUACAAUAUCAUGGAUAAAAAGCAAUAGCUUUGACAUAAAAUAAUGGGAAGGAACUAGAUAAAGUUUCUGCACUCGUGCUAAUUUGUAAUACAGUUUCAUCGAAUUUUGUAAAAUAUUUCAAGAUUUCUCCUAUUGUGGAUAUUCAUCAAUAAAUCACAGAGGAGACUAGAACUUCGG